AUGACCAAUCCGGCUGAGAGCAAAAGAAAGCGGCCUAGAACCCAAUCCUGCCCUCCCCCCGAACUCCCUCAGCUGGUCGCUGAACAGCAUGUCCCCAUCGCCUCCCACGAUAAGGAAACCAAACGACUGAUCGUGGUCCUUUCCAACGCGAGUCUGGAAACAUACCGCGCCUCGCCAAGCGGCAGAAAUGCCAAUGGCAGGGAGGAGAAAUACUCGCUGCUCAACAGCGAUGAGCACAUUGGCGUCAUGCGCAAGAUGAAUCGGGAUAUCAGCGAUGCUCGCCCGGAUAUCACUCAUCAGUGUCUCCUCACCCUCCUCGACUCCCCCAUCAACAAAGCAGGAAAACUGCAAAUCUACAUCCACACCGCAAAGGGUGUCCUCAUCGAAGUCAGCCCAACCGUGCGCAUCCCACGAACCUUCAAGCGGUUUGCUGGAUUGAUGGUCCAGCUGCUGCACCGCCUCUCCAUCCGCUCCACCAAUUCACAAGAAAAGCUGCUGAAGGUGAUCAAGAAUCCCAUCACGGACCAUCUUCCGCCAAACUGUCGCAAGGUGACGCUGAGCUUUGAUGCGCCCGUCGUCCGCGUGAAUGAUUAUAUCGAGUCAUUGGGGCCCAAGGAGAGCAUUUGCGUCUUCGUGGGCGCGAUGGCCAAGGGCCGCGAUGACUUUGCUGAUGGCUUCAAGGAUGAUACGAUUAGUAUCAGCAAUUAUAGCCUUAGUGCUAGCGUGGCGUGUAGCAAGUUCUGUCAUGCCGCGGAGGAUGUCUGGGAUAUCGUCUAA